UAUCAAUAUGAUACUACCCAAAUUUGGACAUACGACUUCUUGAAAUCGAUACUGAUAUGAACAGAAUUAUAUAAUACAUUUUCACAUGAAGCAAAUGUCACUAAAUGACCUCUCUUGUUUCCGAGUUUUUGAUUAAUCCAGUUCUGAGACAGGCCAGACGGUUUUCACGAUCCGACGCCGUUCAUACACACGACUCGAAUGAUUCGUUAACCCCGCAAUCCGUCCUGGAAAGCAGUAAUGAGGUCGAUGAAGUCGUUGUAGAAGAUGUGACGGAAGAGGGAAGAGUUAUGGGUCUGCCAGAUGUAAGGGAACAUGCAGGCGUCGAUGACAGAAUUGGGAGUCCGUCGAAUCAAUCUCCAACUCACCAAGGGAAUUCGCCAGCCAACAUUCACAGUCUUCGACAUGAGGUUGAUCGAAACGAAACUGAUCCGCUGAUAACCUCUCAUGUACAGUCGAAUAUGAGUCAAAUUGAUAGCGGUGUCACUGGUAGUCCUCCCGCCAGCGUAGCAUCGCAGACUCAGGGCAACGUUAGAGAUGGAAGAUCUAGCAGUGCGGCUCUCAAUGUUCUCGAUUUACAUAUGAGCUCCGCCGAAGGUCUGUCCCAACACUUAAGUCAAGAUUCGACUUCGGCUUCAAUAGGUCUUGACACAGGCAAUUGUACUCUUCCUGCGGACGACGGCAUGGGCCCUCUCCGACAACGCAUCAAAUUUAUACAGGCUAUGGAUAUACCUACAGAACAAAAGGCAUUGUUGAUGCAUCAACUGUUAACCGAAAGUUACAAUCAAGCUCACGAAAUAUUCAAUACGAAGAAUUGUGUACCAAGUACGACCGCAGAAAAGAUGAUUAGUCAGGAGAGGCCUGCGACUCCAGGUUCAUUAAGCUCUUUCAUUUGGCAGAUGAACGGUGCUCUAGAUCCAGUACCAGCAACUGAAAUUCAUACUUUCCACCUCUCGCCAGACGACUUAGAGAGGACUUAUGCUCCCCUCGAUCCUGCCGAAGUUGAUGAUGGGAGCGAAGAAACUGAAAAUACUGAGGAUUCUAUCCCCAUGCUCGGCUGUAAACAUUAUAAGAGGAAUGUUAAGUUACAGUGCUCCACCUGUGAUCGAUGGUAUACUUGCCGGCUGUGUCAUGACGAAGUUGAGGACCAUAUCUUAAUUCGCCAUGAGACUAAAAACAUGCUGUGCAUGGUAUGUGGUUGUGCUCAACGAGCUGGCGAAUUCUGUGUCGAGUGUGGAGAGAGGGCUGCUUGGUACUAUUGUGGAGUGUGUAAGCUGUGGGACAACGAUCCUAAUAAAAGCAUUUAUCAUUGCAAUGAUUGUGGGAUAUGCAGAAAGGGCCGUGGUCUAGGCAAAGACUUCUUUCAUUGCAAGGUAAACUCCAUCCAGGCUAAUUAACCAAAGUUCAUUAUGCUUACAAUGUUAACAGACUUGCGGCGUGUGUAUGUCUAUGUCUCUUAUGGACGACCACAAAUGCAUCGAGAGAGUAUCUGACUGCGAUUGUCCGAUUUGUGGAGACUACAUGUUUACCUCACCAAAACCCGUCGUGUUCAUGAUAUGUGGUCACAGCAUUCAUUCAGCUUGUUAUAUCGAGCAUAUGCAAACAUCGUAUAAGUGCCCGAUAUGUAGCAGGAGUGUGGUUGGUAUGGAGACACAAUUCCGAAAUCUCGAUCGAGCCAUUGAUAAUCAACCAAUGCCGCCCCAAUUCCGAAACACUUUGGCGAUGGUUUCGUGUAAUGACUGUUAUGCCAAAAGUGCUGUCAAAUACCACUGGUUGGGACUGAAAUGUGCGAUUUGUGAUUCAUACAAUACAGCUCAACUGUCAAUAUUAAGUGAUCCAGAAGUUGAAGCCCCAGCAACAGGAGUAGGAGAUGCACAGACCGAUGCACAAACCGCUCAGGAACCACGAGAAACGUUUGCGUCUACACAUUUGAUACCUGGUGUUCCUAGAAAUCGUAGACAUUCUUCCCACAUACCUUCCUCCUCAUCACAAGGAGAGUCCGGUCGAUUCACUCCUUAUUCCAUCCCAUCUCGGUUAGGUAGAUCAGUUUCGCCAGCUCGAGGAUUAGGAUUAUUUAGUAGUCAAUCAGCGGCUGGCGGCCAGAGUGACGAUUCUGGAGAUGAGGAUGACCUAGAUUUCUGGGGAAGAGACGAGCCACGAAGCUCCAGUCGAUUACGAGCGACGCUUGACGCAGGCGUGGAUGCACAAGAUGAUAACGAUAUUGAAUAUGAAGAUGAUUCCAGUGACUCGGAGUCUGGGAAUGAUGACGACGAUGAUGACGGUGAAGAGGAACCAUUUGCCAUUUUUGGACAUCGUUGAUACUUGCAUGAAUUGGUAAUGGGAAAAAUUGCAUUUUAAGGCGUUGAUUCUAGCGCUGCAGCAUUAUGAGGCCACUAGAUGGUAUGGAGGCGCACUGGAUAUUUUUUGGGCAUGGCUAGGCAGGGAAGGAGGUUUAUACAUGUAUCACUCUUGUAGUAAUCUAGAAGUAGUGAAACUACCAUUCUUUUGAUUGUUCAUCCUUGAUUUUGACAC